CACGGCUCCUCGUCUCCAUCGCGAGUUCGUUCUCCAUCGUCCACCCGAGCGCCUGACGACGCCACUUUCCCCCCACGCCUGCCCGGAUCGAGCUCGCGAGGCCGCGUGACCCCUCCCGGAGGGGAUUUGGGGAGCUGAAGAACUUUGCUUGAUCAGGUUUGUAGUUGACAGUAGAGAGGAGACCAGAUGCAGGCAUCUAGAGCUAGGCUCUUCAAGGAGUAUAAGGAGGUGCAGCGAGAAAAGUCAGCUGAUCCAGACAUCCAGUUAAUAUGUGAUGAUUCAAACAUAUUCAAGUGGACUGCUCUUAUCAAGGGCCCUUCGGAGACACCUUUUGAAGGUGGUGUAUUUCAACUUGCAUUCUCUAUUCCUGAGCAAUAUCCUCUCCUGCCUCCACAAGUUCGCUUCUUGACCAAAAUUUUCCACCCGAACGUGCAUUUCAAGACAGGUGAAAUAUGCCUGGAUAUCUUGAAGAAUGCAUGGAGCCCAGCGUGGACGCUACAAUCUGUUUGUAGAGCCAUAAUUGCAUUGAUGGCUCAUCCUGAACCAGACAGUCCACUUAACUGUGACUCAGGCAACCUCCUACGGUCAGGCGACAUCAGAGGCUACCAAUCCAUGGCACGAAUGUAUACUAGGUUGGCUGCCAUGCCAAAGAAAGGUUAAUCCUGGGGUUCAAAAGGAAAUAUGCGCCAAGCAGAGGCUUGUCUGAUUCAUGUAUGCUCUGUUAAGUAUAACUCUCGCUGUCGCCGUGUAAUGUGGUUCCUGUUUUCUUACCUGACUCGUGAAGGGAAGUAAAUAUGCAUUGCAACGCUUGGUUUAUAUGAUGUAAUGCAAUGGAUACUAACUUGGUUCGGUACUUCUAAUGCACUGGCCGCUGUUCAAUUA